CUCUGAAAAUAAAGCUCGCAGCUGGUUAUUAGAACGAUGCAUCCAGAACUACAAUGAUCAUGUAUACACUUCUGAAGUUCUGAUCGCUAUAAGCUAGACAUGAAUUUGUUUUUUUUCUUUCAAUUAAAAAUAAUGAUUUGUUGUCUGUGAAUUUGAGUUUCAUAAUUGCUUGUAGCUGGUGAUUAUAAUGAUGCAAAACAAGAAUACUCAUGUAUAUACUCACUAAACAGAAUGUGGACACAUUGUUUAUUAUACACGUGCUAAUAUGUAAAAAGGAACACAGAUGUCUUUAUUCUUCAUCUGAUGGCCCAGCUUGUGAAUCCUAAUGAAAGGACCCUCGAAGCUUUACUCAAACUCAACUGAAUUAAGUAGCUACAGACAUAGCUGAUGUUUUUUUUAUUUAUGAUCUAAUUGUUCAGCUUCAAUUUCAAGUGUAUAUUAUCUUUUAACUAUGAGUGUAGCACGUGAAGUAUGGUGACUAUCUUCCUGUAUGGAAUGGGCCUGUGGACAUUGCUGGAGGGUUUUUUGCUUCUUGCAAAUGCGUUGGCAAUACUGAACGAAGAUCGUUUUCUUGCUCCCAGGGGAUGGAGCAUGUCUGAAGUGUCAGGAAAUGGGCAAACAAAGUCGUUGAAGGGCCAGAUCGUGGGGCUGAUCUACGCUACACAAUUUCUCAGGAUGCCCUUGAUAGCCCUUAAUGUUCUUAUCAUUGUUGUGAAGUUGGUGUCUGGCUGAGCCUCACUGUCUGGUUUUGGCUGUUGGGUUGGAUCGAUAUCAGUAGCAUUGUGUAAAAGUUAAUUAUACUCAAAGUUGCUGGAGACGUGUUCAUGUUACCUCCAAUGUGCAUUUCUGUUAUUGUUCUGGUAAAGUAAUUCUGGUCGGAAAAUGAUUUUGUCAACAUUUAUACUGCCAAAGCGUGUGUUGUGUGCCA